GUCUACACAGCAAACCAGAAUUUAACCACUCUAGUAUAGUGGUAUAAAACAAAAGGAUUCGAUCUUGUAAACGACAAUAUAAAACAUGGCCUCUUUUCCUGGUCCAUCAUCGACCCCGUACAACUGGCAGAAUAAAGCAACUGAAAAUUUUUCUCGCCUGUGUCAACUGAUUGUAACGAUUUGUAGCGACCUGUUUCGAGACAUUCUUAGUCAUUACAUUCCGCCUGCUAAUCUCAGAACAGAGCUAGAUAAAAACAAAAAUAAAUUAGACAAAGUCAAAUGCAUCAACACUCAGCAGAAAAAAUUACUAUAUCCUGAUCCAGGAAAAGCCUCACCACUGGCAAAAGACUUAGAUUUUUCUGUACUUUACGUACUUAUACGCAAUAUUUGUAGCAUUAAACCUCAUAAAAAUGGGUGGGGGGAUAAUCCAGAAAACGGCGACAAUAGCAUUGCGGCCUGCAUUGACAGAAUAAGAAUGCAAAGAAAUUUGAUAUCUGGACAUUCAAAAACUGGUUCGAUGGACAAUGCUUCCUUUCAUUCUACGUGGACGGUGCUUGAGAACUCUAUUAUUGAGAUUGAAAAGCAGUUGACAGGAGGAGACAUGUUUAAGCGUGCAGUAAAUGCACUAUACUUAUGUGAGCUAAGUCCGGCAAGUACAAAACGUUACGUCGAAGAAAUUACUCGAUCAUUCAAAAGUGAAAUCUCGAAGAAAAAAGCAAGAAUAGAUGAUGUCGAGAGUCAAUUAAACCAAAACACCGUGACUAAAAAAGCUCGUCUGGACAAAGUGGAGGAUCAACAAAACUCAGUGACACAAGAAUUUAGAGAGCGUUUCGAGGAGUUUGAAACUAGCAUUCUAUCCAUCCUGCAGGGACGAUUAUCUGCAUUGAACAAUAAUAUAGAGGGCAGAUUAAUUGGAAUGGAGCAGAAAAUUGAAGGGCGGAUACAUGCACGGGUAUCUGCGUUAGAGGAAAAUAUAAAGGAAAAAAUCUCGAAGAUAGAAAAGAAAGUUCAACACUGCUUAGACAGACUGAUUUUACUUCCGUCCGCCAUUCCUACACUGACCAUUGAUACACCUGAUUCGAAUAUAAAACAAAUUUCAUAUGUGAAAUCAGGACGACUGUGGGUGAUGCCUGAUUUUGAUGAUUAUUAUGGAGAUGAAAUAAUUCAAGUCGACAAUAAUGGAAAUGUGAAAGAAAAAGUUUAUUCAUCAGGACCGUUCUGCGUUUCAAAAGAUGAUGCCUUGUUAUAUAAGUCAGAUCCGUUUGAUGUAGAUGAGGAUGAAGAUGAGGAUGAAGAUGAGGAUGAAGAAUAUCGCGAUCGUAUUAAGAAAAAGACUUCACGAAUAUCUAUUACACUGCUUAAAACAGAAAAAUCGGAGGAUGUAGUUGGUAUUUAUAGUUCUUUUGUUAACGGUCACAUCUUGGUAUUAAUACAAAUAUCUACUGUAAUAGAAAGUCUUUGCCAACGUCAUUUAUCUCAUAAGAUAACAAGGUACGAUGAAAAUGGACUGAAGAUUGAGGACAUCUGGAUAAACGACAGAAUACAAGGAUGGCGGUUUUCGUCACUUGAAUAUGCAUAUAUCACGGAGAACAAGAACGGAGACAUCAUCAUAUCUAGUAAGGAAUAUAAGACAGUAGUGGGGAUGGACAGGUCAGGAGAACAUCGGUUUCUGUAUUCACACCCUGAGAAUUUGACUCCCAUGGACAUCUGUACAGACAAAUACGGACACAUACUUGUGGCUUUUAAAUCUUGUAUUCAUCUCCUGGAUGAAGAUGGGGCAUUUCAGACAAUAUUGCUGGAAAAUGUGUCAUCAAACAUAUUAUUUACCUGUCUUUGUCUAGACGACAAACAAAAUAUAUAUGUAGGGAACAGUCGUGGCAUCGUGAACGUCUAUAAGUAUUUGAAAGACGAAUGAAUAUAUUUUAAUAUCAAUUGAACAUAGAGGAAGUGAAGUUUAAACUAAAAGAAAGUUUCACUUUUAAUCUUAUUUUUCUUAUGUCAAUGUGCUUUGUGUUAUACAUAUGUAAAUAUUAUCAUAUAGUUAUCAAUUCAUGCAUGACUCUGUAUACAUGUAUAUAUCUACGACGAUUCUCUAUUAUGCUUUUUUAGUGUUAAGAACAUUUCAAAAGUUGAGUAACUUGAUUUGCUGUUAAAGUGAGGAUUAUUGGUUCAUAAUUUGUAAUAAACUUGAAACCUACAAAUUUAUAUUAAUAGUUAAAGUUGACUACCUAUAUUAAUGGCUUUAUAUUAUUUAAAGUAUUAGUUUGUUCAGUCUCAUAAUGCCGGGUUAAAGGCAAAAAAGUAAAUCAUUGACAUAUAAAAAUAUACUAAGUAACGAAUAGCUUGUCGCAUUGUUGUUAUUGAGUACGCCGAUGCAUAAUGGUACAAUUAACCCAAUUUUAAUCCACAUGGUAUAUUAUAUGCCUGAUUACAAUUCUUGUAUUUACAAUACUCAUUUAAUGAUAAAAUUUUAAACCACACAAUAAAAGAACAUUCAAGCUAGUGUAAACUUUCUUGAUUUCCAUAUUAUACUAAUUGCUAUUUGUUUUUCCCCUUGUUUUGUUCACAAGAGUUGACGCGACUCUAUAGGCUUUACUGGUCAGGACUUUCCCGGUUUUUUGUAGUGACAUUCUGCAGUGUUUUCAAAACAGUAUUUUCAUGUAUGUGGGCGUUAGCGAGUAUGAUCAAAAUAAUGUAAAU